GCCCCAAGGUCUCGAGUCACAGCGAUCACUCAACUAUUCGCGCAAUCCUCCUCUCCUACACUGAUACACAUUUAGAGGCCCAGAGAAAAGACACUUAUCGAGAGUACAACAUCAAGAAUACCGCCAUCAUGUCGGACCCAGAAUCCUUGACGAACUGUCGGUUCUAUGAGGAAAAAUAUCCUGAAAUCGAGAGUUUCGUUAUGGUGAAUGUGAAGCAGAUAGCAGAGAUGGGUGCUUAUGUCAAACUAUUAGAAUACGACAACAUCGACGGCAUGAUCCUACUUUCAGAACUGUCCCGAAGACGUAUCAGAUCGAUACAGAAACUGAUCAGAAUUGGUCGCAACGAAGUAGUGGUCGUCCUAAGAGUGGAUAAAGAGAAGGGCUAUAUCGAUUUGUCCAAGCGAAGAGUUUCUGCAGAAGAUAUUGUCCGAUGCGAAGAACGAUACAACAAGAGCAAAUCCGUCCACUCCAUCUUCCGACAUGUCGCAGAAAAGACCAAGACGCCUAUUCUGAAGCUGUACGAAAACAUCGGCUGGCCGCUCAACAAGAAGUACGUACAUGCGAACGACGCCUUCAAGCUGUCAAUCACAAAUCCCGAAGUGUGGAACGAUGUCGCAUUUCCAAACGAAGUUGUCAAGGAGGAACUUAUUUCAUACAUCAGCAAGAAGUUGACGCCACAUCCAACAAAAGUACGUGCCGACGUGGAAGUAACAUGCUUCAAGUACGAUGGCAUCGAUGCAGUCAAGGACGCACUUCGAAAAGCGGAGGCGAAGAACACUCCUGAUACGCAAGUCAAGGUCAAGCUGGUGUCACCGCCUCAUUACGUCCUGACGAGUCAGUGCUUGGACAAGACAAUGGGUAUCCAACUACUAGAACAAGCCAUCAAGGACAUUGAAGAGAGUAUCAAGGAAGCUGGCGGUGGUUGUGUUGUUAAGAUGGCUCCUAAAGCUGUGACCGAGCACGAUGACGCUGAGCUUCAAGCAUUGAUGGACAAGAGAGCCAAGGAGAACGAGGAAGUUAGUGGCGACGAAGAUGUCAGCGAGAGCGAUGAGGGUCCAGAGGUCGCAUAAGCAUAAGCAUCAGCAUCUGCCUCUGCACAAUCGGCAAUUGAGUUGGACGAUGUCAACGAAUUUAUGUCAACCGUGGAAGGAGAAAAGUCGAGACAUGAUCUCUUAAAUCCUGGGGUCUUCUGGACUGUUUAAGUGGCCAGGCGGAAUAUCCAUGUUAGAGAUUCCAAAUUGUGACAGUAGAUCAAGUCAAUGUCUAGAAUUCCCUGAGACUAGAUUUCUUUGUAGCUGAAUCAAGGGUCGGAAUAAU